GGCCCGUGGGGCGCUUGAGCCCUUGCAAAGCCUUCCUCCCCCCCAAUCCCAGCAGAGGCACUCCACUCAGCCCGGCUUGUGAAUGGCUUCAUUGAAGAGAAAUGGGCUGGCUUAGGUGCACAAAAGUCCCGCUCCUUCUCUGCUUGGCGGUGGCAGCAACGGCCGGCCGGGAGAGAACCAGCACAGCCAAAGGGCUGGGGGAGAGCUUCCAGCCCCCACCCUCCAAGACCCAGCCACCAGCAUCCCACCAUGUCCGUGACGCUCAACAAUGCCCACCAAGGGGGGAAAGCCUUCCGUUUGCUGAAAGCUGAACAAGAAGGGAGGUUAGAAGAAAUCAACAAAGAGUUUCUCUGUGACCCAAAGUUUAGCGAUGAAGAAGACCUGGAAGAAAAGCUUGCAGUUUUUAAAGAAAAAUACAUGGAGUUCGACCUGAAUAAUCAUGGCGAGAUCGAUCUCAUGUCCGUGAAAAGGAUGAUGGAGAAGCUGGGAACUCCCAAGACCCACCUGGAGCUGAAGAAAAUGAUCUCCGAAGUCACCAGGGGCAUCAGCGAAACCAUCUCGUACCAGGAUUUUGUGACCCUGAUGCUGGGCAAGCGGUCAGCCGUCCUCAAGCUGGUCAUGAUGUUUGAAGGCAAGAGUCAAGAAAGCACCCCCAAACUUUCAGGCCCUCCUCCAGAGAGAGACCUCUCGAGUCUUCCUUAAAGGGAGAGGAGAACACGGAACCUUUUCCAUCUCUGACCAUCACAAGAUCUCUGCCCCGUUGCUUUUAAACCAGCCCGUUUUAAAGACGACGUCUGGAGGAAUGGCGAAGAAAAGUCCGCCAGACAUCAUCCAGAAGACUAUCUAAACCACCCCUCAUUUUUAGUCUCAACCGUAACCCAAAUAGCAAGCCCCAUUGUUCUCAAGAACAGCAGAAAACUCUAAAUGCAAAAUCCAGAUUUCACGGAGCGUUUUU